AGACCGAGGGUCUAGGGAAGGUCUGCAAAUCCCGGAGAGCGGAGGGGAGUUAAGGACAACAGACGGAACCGGAAAGGCCCCUAAAGACCCUGCGUGUAUUAGGGAGCGUCUGCAAAGACCGCAGAGGGAAUCCAGGGGUCAUCUAAAAAGUUGCCAAAGCAGCCAAGGAGUGGUCUAGAAAGGGCAGUCUCCACAAAACAAGGCUUCCGGAAGCUAAACCCGGAAGGGAGGGUGUGGAGGACUGGAUCCCCGUCUGUGACGUGAACACACCCCAAAGGCGCCGGUCAUCCCUUAGGGCAGGACCGACAGAAGCUGCAGCCAGCAAAAUAAAGGAAGGCUGAAGCCGGGGGGCGGGGGGAGGAGGAGAAAGAGAGGCCCUUAGAGAUCGUCUGGAAAUUGCGAAGCCAAAAGAUCUUGAGGGGCCGACAGGAAAUUGCACCCUUCGCUAAAGACACCUCCAGGAUUGGGGAAGGUUUGUGUUCCUGAAGCCUUGGGAGUUGUCACAGGCUACAGAGAAGGGAUUUCAGUCUCUAGGAAGGGUCGCACUCCAAGAGAUAGCUACCGCUCUAUCUGGGGAGACCCUGGUGUUUCUAGAGCAGGUUUUGCUUUCACCAAACCCAAGGAGGUGACAGGAGGAGUCCCUGCACAGGACCUAAUGAUGCUGUGACCAGAAGAUGGGAUCACGGAACAGCAGCAGUGCAGGAACUGGGUCCGGAGACCCCUCCGAGGGCUUGCCCCGAAGAGGGGCUAGCCUGCGUCGGAGCGAGGAAGAAGAAGAGGAGGAUGAAGAUGUGGAUCUGGCCCAGGUACUGGCCUAUCUCCUCCGCAGAGGCCAAGUGAGGUUGGUGCAGGGCGGAGGUGCAGCAAAUUUACAACUCAUCCAGGCCCUCUCGGACUCGGAGGAAGAGCAUGACAGUGCCUGGGAUGGUCGUCUUGGGGACCGAUACAACCCACCCGUGGAUGCAACCCCUGACACCCGGGAGCUGGAAUGCAAUGAGAUCAAGACCCAAGUGGAAUUGGCCACAGGGCGGUUGGGGCUCAGGCGGGCAGCCCAGGAGCACAGCUUUCCUCUGAUGCUGCACCAGAGAGAACGGGGCCUCUGCCACCGGGGAAGCUUCUCCCUUGGAGAACGGUCUCGAAUGAUGUCUCACUUCUUGCCCAACGAUCUGGGCUUCACUGAUACCUACUCUCAGAAGGCUUUCUGCGGCAUCUACAGCAAAGAUGGUCAGAUCUUCAUGUCUGCUUGCCAAGACCAGACGAUCCGACUGUAUGACUGCCGGUAUGGCCGCUUUCAUAAAUUCAAGAGCAUCAAGGCCCGGGACGUGGGUUGGAGCGUCCUGGAUGUGGCCUUCACCCCUGAUGGCAACCACUUCCUAUACUCCAGCUGGUCUGAUUACAUUCAUAUCUGCAACAUCUACGGGGAGGGAGACACUCACACUGCCCUGGAUCUAAGGCCAGACGAGCGUCGCUUUGCAGUCUUUUCCAUUGCUGUCUCCUCAGAUGGACGAGAAGUGCUAGGAGGGGCCAAUGAUGGCUGUCUCUAUGUCUUUGAUCGAGAACAGAACCGGCGUACCCUUCAGAUUGAAUCCCAUGAGGAUGAUGUGAACGCAGUGGCCUUUGCUGACAUAAGCUCCCAGAUCCUGUUCUCUGGGGGUGAUGAUGCCAUCUGCAAAGUGUGGGAUCGACGCACCAUGCGAGAGGACGACCCCAAGCCUGUGGGUGCACUGGCUGGACACCAGGAUGGCAUUACCUUCAUUGACAGCAAGGGUGAUGCCCGCUAUCUCAUCUCCAACUCCAAAGACCAGACCAUCAAGCUCUGGGACAUCCGACGCUUUUCUAGUCGGGAAGGCAUGGAGGCCUCACGGCAGGCUGCCACACAGCAAAACUGGGACUACCGCUGGCAGCAGGUGCCCAAAAAAGCCUGGCGGAAACUGAAGCUCCCAGGGGACAGCUCCUUGAUGACCUACCGGGGCCACGGGGUGCUGCACACCCUCAUCCGCUGCCGAUUCUCACCCACCCAUAGCACUGGCCAGCAGUUCAUCUACAGCGGCUGCUCUACUGGCAAAGUGGUCGUGUACGACCUCCUCAGCGGCCACAUCGUGAAGAAGCUGACCAACCACAAGGCCUGUGUGCGUGACGUCAGCUGGCAUCCUUUUGAGGAAAAGAUCGUCAGCAGUUCGUGGGAUGGCAACCUGCGUCUGUGGCAGUACCGCCAGGCUGAGUACUUCCAGGACGACCUGCCAGAGUCUGAGGAACCUCCCCGCGCCCCUGCCGCAGUGCCCCACCCCUCUACAGCCUUUUCCUCACCCCAGUAGAUCUGAUCUCCAGCCCCGUCCACGGGUGAGCCUCCGACAAGCGCUCUGCCUCUUCCUGCCUUUCUCCCUUCUGGGAGACCUCUGGGGAGUCCCUGGCAUUGGACAGGAAGACACACAAGCCCAGGCUUUUGGGCCCUCGCUGAGCCCUGGAAGAUCGUCCCCAAGGGGCGGAGUGGUCUCCUCAUGUGCUUACACCCAGUUGGCUUGGUUCUCUAUCUCUGGCCAGAGUCCAAAGGACUGCUGUUGUCUGAGGUGUGGCCCUUUGUCAGCAGGAGAUCUUGAGUGUUUUUAAUCAUGUGUGAAUGUAAGUGUUAGCUCCUAGAGUAGAUGUCAGGUCUGAACUGAGCUGUCAGCCGGGCCCAUUGCCCUGGCCUGUGUGUUGAGGACUAGACUGGCCAAUCAGAAGGCUAGGCAUCCUGGCCAUUCUUACAGAGGUCCUGAAGGCUAGAGCUCUGGCCUUUUCGGGGAAGGUGGGAUGAGUAAGGCAUGUCCUCAGCACCCUCCUGGGGUGGGAAUUAUGUUUUCUCCCUCUCUGUCUGGGUCUUUGGGGUGGGACAGGCUGUGGUGUGAGAGGCUCCAUGUGGCCCCACACAGGGCAGGCCCUCCCUCCCAGACUGUUCCUUCAUGCUGGAGGCCAGCAGCUUCAAGGAGAGAUGUUGAAGUAGGACUCCUUCGUCCUCUCACUGGCUUUGGCUCCCUCAAUAAAUUCUGUGGGAACCUG